AUGGUUGCUGCUUUGUCAGCCUGUAGUCAUUCAGGCCUUGUGAUACAGGGCCAGAAACUAUUUGAACAGAUGCAAAGUACUUAUGGUAUAAGUCCUCAUUUGCAGCACUUCUCUUGCAUGGUUGACCUCUUUGGUAGGGCUGGUCUACUUAAAAAGGCAGAGGAAAUCAUCAUAAAGAUGAUUCAUAGGAAGACUGAGAUAGGAGAGUGGGCAGCUGAGAAACUGCUGGAGCUGAUGCCUGAUAAGCCUGGCUAUUAUGUGUUGAUUGCUAAUAUGUAUGCAGAUGCUGGGCGUUGGAACAAACUGGCAAAAGUGAGGACCUUCAGGCAGGAUUUUGGUGUAAGAAAGUCUCCAGGAUGUGCAUGGGUCGAUACGGGUUCUGGCUUUUCUCCCUUUUUGGUUGCAGAUACCUCCAGUGGCCAAACAAAUGAAAUUUAUUGUCUACUGGGAGGACUGAAUAGGCUAAUGAAAGACACUGGUCAUUUGACUACAGAGGAUUCGUCGUCCGAAGAAGAACUUUGUGAAGGACUUCGUUUAAUAUGUGCCAGUUUGAUCAAACAUUCUGCUUUUUCUGCCACGGUUGAGGUUGCAGCCUCGCAGGUUUUGGAAAGUAAGGGAACACUUACAGAAUCUAUAUCAGUCUUCAAGAAGCAAACAAUGGAUGAAAGUCUGGCGUUUGAUAUCUGGGGUCAUUGUUUGUUAGAUGGUUCUUCAAGCUGA